AUGCGAGAUGACAAAAUACAUGAGAAUGACGAUGCAAAAGAAGCCAUAAGAAGGCUUCCUGAGAACCUUUAUAACGACAGAGUGUUUCGCAUUAAGAGAGCACUGGACCUCAGCAUGAGGCAGCAGAUCCUGCCUAAAGAGCAGUGGACAAAAUAUGAGGAGGAUAAAUUCUACCUUGAACCGUAUCUGAAAGAGGUUAUUUGGGAAAGAAAAGAGAGAGAAGAAUGGGCAAAGAAGUAA